AUAGAUAGCCUCGGUAUUAUUUGAGGGUGGGACUAUACUUCUUGGGUGCUGUGUAUUCAUUCCUAAAAUGAUUGGGAUAGAAGUAAAGGGACGCCUAAAUCAAUACGUAAAGGCUGUCCUGCGCAACGUAGUUGACGACAACGUGAUUGUCUUCUACCCGGAAAAGAAUGAAGAGGAACAGGUUCCGAUCAAAAAUGUUAGACUACCCCCAACUUCCGAACGAGACGUUCAUCCUGGACAAAACGGAGAAGCCCUAUUUUCCGUCGCGACUGAUCAGACUCCAGGUUCCUCUAGUAAUACAAUUACACUGACUGGCCGUUGGAGCGAUGAAACUAAUAGUAAACCGGAAGUUGAACUCAUACUGGACGAUCAGCUGAAUUAUCUUCCUAUUCCAUCUUGGUGGCCUUGUCGCGUUGUCAAGAUUCGAGAUGAUGUCGCAGUGGUGAAGUUAAAUGUGUCACCACCGGCCGAUGCAACGCCCUCAGAAAUUUCACUUUGUACACAGCUUUCUACUGUCACCGAGAUCGUAAGUCGUAAGUCUCUACGUCAGCCCAGUGAUGACUGCCCAUGUCUGUCACCUGAUAUCAUUCACCGGCAUCGUAUUGAAAUUCCAAAGGAAUUGGCAGACUUUGCUUCUGAUCCUUCUGUCCACCAUGACUUUUUGCGCCAUUGUGGUGGCCCUGUAAGCCUACACUACGAUAAUGAGUCUUCCUGUUUGAUCGUGUUAACGACAGACCCUGUAACAGCCAAGAAUGUUGCCUUGUUGGAAGAUACUCAUUUAAGGAUGUUGCGCCAAAAAUGGGCCCUAACUCGAAGUCUUCGGCAAACUAUUCGAAACCUUGAGGUCAAUCGCGGACCAGAUGUAUCACGAUCAGGUGGGGCAAAAAACUGCAGUGACUGGAACAGUGAUCCUAGUCUAUUUGUUGAAAAGUUUUUUGUUCCUCAACAUCUCAUGGGUUUAGCUAUAGGUGCUCGUGGUGUAAAUAUUCGUGCUGCAAGAGAAAUUCCCGAUGUAAUCCGUAUCGAGUCAUGGGAACCGUCAGAAUAUAAUGCAAGAAAUAAUGACCCUGUCGAUAAUUCUGGAGAUUAUGGUGAAGCUGCGAUGUUUGUUAUAGAAGCCAAGACUCCGGAAGCUGCAAAACAAGCUCGAGCUAAAUUGGAAUACUCCGAGCUAUAUUUAGGUGUUCCACGUCGUUAUGUAGGACGUUUGAUCGGAAAAAGAACCUCAAAUAUUAUGUCCAUUAUUCGUAAAUCUGGUGUUGUUCACAUUCAUUUCGAUGAUCAUAUUGAAGGCUCCGUGUCUCUCAGCGAUGAUAAUAACCAGACUGAUGUUAUUAAGUAUUCCCAUCCAGGGCAUCCUAUAGCAAGCACAAUGCGACGAGUCUUUCUAAAGGCUGGAAGUGCUCAGACAUCCUCACAACCAUAUACAGAUGAGGAAUACGGUGGAUUCAUACUAGCUGGUACAAGGGACUCGAUCGAAAAAGCGCGUUUGUUGAUCAACUUCCAAAUGGAUUAUUUUUAUGAUCUUGAAAAAAUGGAGAGCGAAAAGCUGGAGUUAAUGCGUACUUUAUCUCAUGGUGGAGUGGACUCUGGUUCAGGCUACCUACCUCGUGGUACGGCAGUCGGGCGUUGGGGUGAACGUGGUGGUAUUGGAAAUUAUGGCCGUGGUGGUCGCGGACGCAGACCAGGUCGUGGUGGUCUGUUACAUCCUCCUGUUAGUGAUGUCAAUCAUGGACAUUAUACAGAUGAUGAAAAUAUUGGAAAUCCAAUCCCCUGUAGAGGCGCAAAACGUACGCCUCGUGAAACAUACGGUCACCGUAGUUCUGGUGGAAGAAUCCCGCGACAAAGAGGAAGUCGGCGAAUAGGAGGUUCAGGUCGCGAUUCUAAUUGGAAUAACCUCAUGAACAACAACGGGGAUGUCGCUGACCGUCGUCGAGGUUCGGGUGAUUCGGAUGUCUUAGAGUCUGACAACUUACCUGAUGGUUUGUCUGCAGAACGAGUAAACGUUGGAAGACAUAGCAGAGUAGGACGUCAUUCUCCAGCUCCAAAUGGAUUUUAUUCUGAUAGAGAACGUGGGGACGAAAGUGAGGAUACCCUCAAUCCUAGCAAUGAAAACAAUUUCCCUUGUGGUGAUGCGUCUUCCGAAGACGGUGGGGGUUGUUCAGUUGACAAUAUGCGCUCAAGACUGAAUAAAUAUGUACAUAGUCGGUAGGUAGCUUGUUAAUUUUGAAAACCGGUUAUAUUACGUUUAAUAAUCAAUUUAAAAAUGGCAGGACGUUUCUUUAUCUGCAAACAGUUUACAGUUAUGGGCGAGAUCUACUAAAAAAUAGAAUUUUUUAAAGCAAUUAAACACAAAAUAUAAACAAAUCACAAAUCAUAAUAAACGUUAAUAGUCUGAAAAAUAGGAGACACGUGUUACCCGUUUCCAUUUUAGUUGCAAACUUUUCAAGGGUAAUCACUGACAGCACUUCUGGGCGUAAACCAAGGAUAAUGUUGGUUCUAUAUCUAAGGUCACUCUUGAAAACGCAGUAUUAUUAUUUAUUUGAGCAUAAACUGGUGCCCAAACGGAUGUGUCACGUAACCAAUAAAAAAUAAACAAAACUAACGAGUGUAGUGUGCUGCGAAAGUAGAAAUUUAGUUUGAAAAUAAUAGCCAGAAAAAUUUUCAGUAAAAGAAGUGCCUUUCAGUUUUAUAAAAGUAAAUCUCAGCAGGCACGUUGUUCUGAGUCAUAUUUGAUUACGUCAAAAGCCACUGAGUUGAACUGUCUCUGACUGUCCAGGUAAUCGUAAUGGACUAAUAUUUUAUAGCCCCAUACAUUUUUCUUUCAAACCACGAGGCUACAAACUGACCACUUGUUCGCUUUUCUUACCUCAUCCCAGCGUCGACAACAGUGCACUGUGUGGAAGUUGCUUGGAUGACACACGUAACAUAUCCAAUCCUAUGUUUCAAUAUGGUUAUAUUAACGGAAUUAUUACUACUAUGUCUAGACGCACAUUACUGGCAUAGUUUUACAAUUGAACGCCAGCAAUUCAGAGACAACGACGAUCGAACACAGAGGGUCGCCGAACAUUCUCAACUCGAAUAGGUCAGGUUUCGCAAACACAGCAGGACUGCUAUCACCAAAGCAUUGUAGACCCGACCAUUUGCACUCAGACUGUCAUCAAAGGUGGUCCAAUAUAGGUCUCAUCAUUCACGCCACCACCAACGCUCAUAGAACUACCCGAACACACGAACUUUUCGACCACCUUUAACAGCUCACCACCAAGAGUGAGGCUUCUGCCAAUCGUAGAAGUACUCUGCACUUAUAAAGUGCAAAGUAUAUGCCAUGCCUACUGACUGGACGCGAUUUGCGUAGUAUGUGUAUCAUCGCAUAUUAAGACAAUAUCACACAUGAUUCGCUGGAGUAUCCCAAGCAGCUGUAGAGAAGCAUUGCUUAUAAGCGCAGGACGUUUUGAGAAGUCACGUGAGACGUGACCUGUAAUUUUCAUGGCGUCUUGCGAACGCAGCCGGUGUUCAUCUAUUAUUUAUUUAUUUAUUUGAACACAAAUAUUGGUACAAGAGAGCGCCAAUGUAUAUGCGCCACACAAAACAAUGAAAAUUCGAAGAGAGAUAGAAAAAAACUAAGUAGCACAAAAGAAAAAGAGAACGAUAACGAAGAGAUUGGUUUUAGGUAGUGUGGUAUUAACGAGGGAACGGAAAGGUACAAUCAGAAGAAAUCUUUCAAUAACGGAGACACAACCACUUUUUAUGAAGAAAUUAAAAGAAGGUUACAGCAGGAUCGCCACUGUGUAGCACCAUCUCCCAGACCCCAACGAGGGAGUCGUGAAGGACCGACACAAGCCAGUCCUUUGCAGCUUUCUUUCAUACCACGACACCAUGUCAUGCACUGCCCACCUCCGCUUUUUCCAACCAGUCCCAGAGUCGGCAAAUAAUGCACGACGUGGAAUUCUCUGGGACGACAUUGGUAGAACAUGUCCAAGCCACCGAAGUCGGUGUUUCAAGAUGGUGACACCAAUUGAAUUAUCAUCUCUGUGCCCGAACACACGAUGCCGAACCUCUGUAUUACUAACAUGGUGUUGCCACUCAAUGUCAGCGAUCCUUCGGAGACAGGGAUGAUCGAACACAGAGUCGUCUAACGUCCUCAACUCUGAGAGGCCAGG